GUCGAGUCUCACUUUUGAGCAACAGAAGGAGUUGCUCCUCCUGCAGCUGGAGUUUGAUAGAAUGAAACAGGAGAAGGCGUUAUCUGUGGAGAGGCUGCGCUGCGAGAAUUAUGAGGCUGUGAAAGCCGCGGUUCUGAAGGCGUAUGAGUUGGUCCCGGAGGCGUAUCGCCAGCGAUUUCGAUCAUGGCAGAAGGCGGACAACCAGACUUACUUGGAGUUUGCGCUGGACACGCUGGAUAAACUGCGUGAGCUUGUAGUUCUGGAGCAAUUUAAGAACGUGGUUCCGGGAGCCAUCGCGGCGCAUAUUACCACUUUGAAGGUGACAUCUGUCAGUGAAGCGGCUUCUCUCGCGGACGAGUUCGUGCUCUUGCGUAAGCGCAGCUUCGAUAAGGGGCGUGCCCGCCCUGAUCCAGCUGAGGCGGUCGCUGCAGGUAUGAACACUCGGUUUGAUGAUUCCAGCCGUCGGUCAGAUUGCUACGCGCUGAAGAAUAAGAACAGGCAGUCCUCAGGUGCUGCGCAGCCGAGGGGGGCGUGUACAGCCGUGUCAAAAUCUCCUGCUGUGAUGACGGAGGGGCUGAUCGAGUCAUCCAAAGGGAUCCCCGAUGAACUACGGUCGUUUUUGCCUUUCGUGUCUGAGGGAUUUGUGUCUCUUGUGGGCAGUGACACCAAAGUUCCUGUUCGGAUCCUGCGGGACACUGCUGCUUAUGAUUCGUUCAUUCAGAUGUCUGUUUUACCUUUCUCUGAACAGACUGCUACAGGGGGAGCCAUUCCUGUCUUGGGGAUGAGUCUGCAGGUGGUCCAGGUUCCGCUGCAUAAAAUAACGUUACAAUCGGAGCUGUUUAAUGGUGAUUUGAUAGUGGGCGUGCGUCCAGCCUUGCCAAUUGAGGGCAUUGACCUCAUAUUGGGGAAUGGCGUGGCAGUUGUUUCUCGGGAGGAUCUUAUUGCAGAACAACAAGACGAUCCUUCUUUGACACCUUUGUUUGACGUGGCAUUUCCUGAGGAGGAGGAGGCCAGCCACUCCCAGGGAUAUUUGAAUGUGAUCUUUGUGUGUUUACCACUUAAAAAAAACAUUUGUUAUUUAAAGUUUGUUAUUUUGGUUUGCAAAAUAGCUACCUUAGUUUUGGAUAAUGGCGCGUAUACGGCGAAGAUCGGUUACAGCCUGGAGAAAGUCAGCGUCAUUCCCAACUGUCAGUUUCGCUCAAAGAAUUCUCGGCUAAAAACCUUCACAGCGAAUCAACUGGAUGAGAUCAAAGAUCCGUCGGGUCUUUUUUACAUCCUCCCCUACCAGAAGGGUUACCUGGUCAACUGGGAUGUUCAGAGGAAGGUGUGGGAUCACCUUUUUGGAAAAGAGAUGUUUAAGGUGGAGUUUGCAGACACCAGCAUCAUCAUCACGGAGCCAUACUUCAACUUCACCUCCAUACAGGAGUCCAUGAAUGAGAUCCUUUUUGAAGAAUACCAGUUUCAGUCCGCUCUUCGAAUCAACGCCGGCUCACUCAGCGCUCAUCACUGCUUCCACUCCAAACCUUCUGAGCUCUGCUGCCUGGUGGUGGACUCUGGGUUCUCCUUCACCCACAUCGCCCCCUACUGCCGCAGCAAGAAACUGAAUCAUGGCAUCCGCAGAAUCAAUGUUGGAGGAAAGCUGCUGACCAAUCACUUAAAGGAGAUCAUCUCGUAUCGCCAGCUGCAUGUGAUGGAUGAAACUCAUGUGAUCAACCAGGCGAAGGAGGACGUCUGCUACGUCUCGCAGCAGUUUUACAAAGACAUGGAGAUUGCGCAACUGAGAGGUGAAGACAACGAUCUGAUGAGAGACUAUGUUCUUCCAGACUUCAGCUCCAUCAAAAAAGGCUUUUGCAAGCCGCGUGAGGAGAUGGUCUUCAGUGGGAAGUACAAGACAGGCGAGCAGAUCCUGAGGUUGGUCAACGAGCGUUUUGCUGUUCCCGAGACGCUUUUCCACCCGUCAGACAUCGGUAUCCAGGAGAUGGGGAUCCCAGAGGCCAUUGUCGACUCGGUCCAGUCACUUCCAGAAGAGAUGCAGCCUCAUUUGUACCAGAACAUCGUUCUGACCGGAGGGAACACGCUGUUCCAGGGCUUUAGAGAGCGUUUGGAGGCGGAGCUCCGAUCACUCGUCCCCACCCACCUCCCAGUGUCAGUGUUUCUACCUCCAAACCCAGUCUGUUACCCGAGAGAAGGAGGCACUUGCAUUAUUGUGGGCACUGAAACAUUUUGAUGUCUACUUGGGUUCUGGAGUUGUGCCAGUGGUGGUUUAUACCGAUCACAACCCUUUGACAUUUCUUAACUCGUUCCAGUGUCCUAACCAGCGACUUAUUCGUUGGUCGAUAGCACUCCAAACAUACUGGUUAGACAUUCGUUAUAUUAAGGGCUCCUCAAAUGUUGUGGCAGAUGCAUUGUCCCGCUCACCCCUUUGUUAAUUAAUAAAUUUUUUUUCCCCUUUGCGUUUUAGUGUCCCUUCACUUUUUCUGCUUCGUUUCCUCUUAAAAGUGCUUCUAUGGAUCCAAGUUGCUGAGGAUUGAGGUGGUUGAAGUUAGUAUAGGUGACCUUGUGGGUGGGUUGUUGAACACUGGACUGGUUUGCAGACUUUGUUUUUUCCUUUGAUAUUGAUAUUCUUCAUAAUUUGGUCUGAGUGUUAUUUUUUUUUUCAAGAACCUUAUGGGUUCUUUCUUUUAUAGUGGGGGGUGUUACGACCCCGGCCUUCUCCUCUUCCAGGCCUGUGUGUUUUUGUGUGUUUUCCCCUAUUUGUUUGCAGGUCCUGGUUGAGUUGGAGUCUCCACCCUCUGGGCGGAUCUGGCCAAUCCCACAGAGGGCAUAAAAGCUGCUGGGAGUCAUGGCGUCUCUCUCUCCCACCUGGCAGACGGGGCUGCAGCCAUCCCAGCCCAUCUAGUUUUUUUUCUUGAGUUGGAUUAGAUUUAUGUUCAAUUAAACCUUUGGUUAAUUCUU